CCGCGGCCCGCCCGCCCGCCUUACCGCCGCCUCCUUCGCUCCCUCAGAGCGGGCCAGCGGCCGGGGCGGAGGCCCGGAGGCGUCUCGGCGCCGAGAGGGCGGGCGGGCGGGCUUCGGAGCGCCGAGAGGGCCGGGUCCGCGGCCGGUCGGCGCGCGGCGGGCGGGCGGCGGGCGCCGGUCUAUAUGGCGGCGGCUCUGUCGGGCCUGGCUGUCCGGCUGUCGCGCUCGGCCGCCGCCCGCUCCUAUGGGGUCUUCUGCAAAGGGCUGACCCGCACGCUGCUCAUCUUUUUCGACCUGGCCUGGCGGUUGCGCAUCAACUUCCCCUACCUCUACAUCGUGGCUUCCAUGAUGCUCAACGUCCGCCUGCAGGUUCAUAUUGAGAUCCAUUGAAGGCCUUCCGUGGACUGACAGGCGUGUCCUGGGGCUCAGGGUGUCAGAGAACACACAGCAUGAGGGACGGAAAGGGGACUCUCAGCACCUGCCUCGCAGAAGAGAAGGGAGCGGGCGAUGACUCGGACAAACUACUGUACAGAGAACUGUUGUAUACGAGAAUGCAGGAGGAGAGCGCUUGCCCAUCAGAUAUAACUUCCAGGAUGAAUAAGCCUGCGGUUGAUGUAAAUGGAAAUUCACAAAAUGAGGAGUUAUCACUGGGAGUGAAAAAUGAUCUGAGAGAGGUCAGCCUCUUGCUUCACGAUGGCAACAAAGUGCUUCCAUAUCUGCAAGAACCAAUACGGAGAAAUUCAGCUUCAGUAGCUGCUCAGAGCAAGACUGUGGAUCUGUUCUUUGCUCCCACAGGAGAGCGUUUUGCUGGGCCAUCCUGUGGCGUCGGGGGAGCUUACGGUAGGGACUGGCCGGGAGAAGGGCCCAGGGCCACUGACAGCCACGGAGGACGGAGCCACAGAGGAAAGCCUUGGGGGUCAGGACUACCGUGCCAUCAAAAAUGGUUAGAAAUGGGGAUUUCUGAGGAUGAACCACCAAGUGCUUUUCUGGAGAAGCUGGACCCUGAGUUGGAACCCUCUUGCCUGCGUUCCAUCCUGUCUGCACUGCUGCACGCACAUCCCCAAAUAUUCUUGAAUGAUGAGACGAAAUGUGUUUUCCCUGGCCAUUCAAAGCCCAUGUUUUCAGAGCAAAGAGUAGACUACAAGAAAAUGCUUUUAUGUGUAAAAAGUACCUCAGAUGAUCUGCAGGAAACACUGGCGUUACUGGCUCUACAAGCUUCUGAAUUAGCAAAUCUCUUAUGCCAUAGUUAAGGUACAGGCAGAACAAUAAAAACAGAUUAAUUUUAAAAGUUGUCCUAGAGUGAUUUCUUUUGCAUUAAGUCUGGAUGCACAGGGUGCAGCCAUGAAGCUCCUGCUUUGGUCUGUAUGACCAGACAUACUUAAAGUCAGUGGAAUUUAAACUCAUGGAAAGCUGGUUGAUACGGAAGGAAAUUUUUGAUUUUUAAAUUGUGCUUGAAAGACACUCAGAAUUGGGAAGCCAUGUCAAGGAGAAUAUUGAUAUAUCCUAUAUAAAUAUCAGAUUAGAAUCAAAAGAUUUAACAAAGUUUUUAAUUUACCUUCAGCACCCAUCCUAAAGGGCUGCUGUCCCAGAUACUGUCUCUCUAGACUGUCUCUGACUGUCUAAUGGAAGUAGAUAUUUGUAAAGUCGACUCUGAGCCAGGCUGAGUUGAUUAUGGUAAGCUUGUUACCAUUUCUGCAUUUUGCAGAAUAAUUUGAGCAAAAUCUGAUUUCUUUUCUCACAUCCCUUUCCUUCCACUUGACAUGCAAUUUAAAUGGAGGCCCUACGGUGAAAGUUGCAAUAUUAACGUUACCUUUAGAUAACGCUUUCUCAAGCUAGGAACCCUAGCAGUGUUACUCAGAAUAAAAAAUGAGCUUGAGCCUGUCUGCCGGGGCUCAGUUAUAGAGAAAAAUCAAGCAUUUCCCUUAGAGAAGGUUUCCAGUUUCUAGGAGUCGAGGUAUCUCUUACACUAAGGUUAUUUCCUGAGAGAACACCUUUUGUUCUGUGUUGACCACUUUGAUAAAAGGCACUUAAGAGUGUAAGUUUUUAAAGAGUCCGAAAGUAAGGCUUAACCAUUUUCGGAAUUAUUGAUUGCAUCUAUCAGUUUAUAUUGUGUGCUAAAUUACUAUGCCGUGUGCUAUUUCAGUGUUUUGGGGAAAUGAAAAAUAAAACCUGUUCUUUAGCAUAAUAAAUGUCUGUUUUCCGUGUGUAGUCUUGGUUCCCCUUGUCUUCAUUACUAAUGCUGCCCUCCUCAUAUGCAAGUCUUUUAGCACAAAGUCAUUUGCUGAUUUAGAAGAUUGGAAGCAGAGAAUGAAAAGUAUAACGUCAAGUUACGUUGGAACUCAACUCUCACUUUCCUCCCCGGAUGUAACGGAAUGCUGUAUUGUGCUCCUUGGUUAUGGGGGGUGCGCUCAGAGAGCCCCAAAGUAAGAACCCUUGUGGAAAAAACGAUCUCUAGCCGGUCUAAAAGGACACCGACUUGACCGAACGAUUAAAGCCCUGGUUAGUGGACACUCCGCCUAGGGGUCACCUGUGGGUGGUGAAAUGAGAUGACACAUUUCAGUGUUUCAGAAUGGGAACUGUUUUCUUGUCAACACCUUCUCCCUGUCCCCCGCCUUUUUGUUUUAAGCUCAGUCUGCUACUUUGAGGUGGAACUUUCUAUGACUCAUCAACUGUUUUUUUAAAUUUUGCUUUGUAAAUUCCAAGUCUGUAAAUUUUCAGCCAAUUGCAAACAACAAAUACUGAAUUUCCUGCUUAGCAUUAACUAAAUUAACUUGAAGUGUUUUCAUAUGGUUAUAUCAGAAUAAGGUGUGUUUUUUCUAAAAGCUUUGUGGAAAAGCUCACAAUAACUUUUUUUUUUACAUUAAUUUUUUAAUACACUUAUACUAAGCUGAAAUUUUUCCCUUUGGUGCUAUAUUGGUUCCAGUUCUGUCUGAAGGUGGCCUCUCCUGCGGAAAGUUCUGGGGUAGAGAGGUGAUGGUAAUUAUAGUGCAUGAAGUUUCAUGACUGUGAAAGAAGGCCUUCUAUAAACAUUUUAAUUUUUGAAGCAAUUAGUAGAGAAAUAAGAUAUUCUUUUGAAUAAAUUGUUUCCAUGAUUGAAUUAUAAAAGGGAUCACUCAUUUGAAAUAUUUUAAGUUGUAUCAUUUUGGCAAUGAAAACUAAGGGAAGCCUGUUUGAAAAGUUCUGACAUUUAUAUGCAUUUUCUUCUUUUUUGCCUUUAUGGAUUCUGUUCUUAAAGAUUGAACAGCACACUUUAAAUUUAGAAACGGUGUAUAGCACAAAAUCUUGGACUCGGUUAUUCUCAUUUGGAAAUCAGAUUUUUUUUUUUAACAUUAGAAUGAAUGUUGAGAUCUUGAAGUGAUUAUGAAGUUGCAAGCCUAUAGAGAAUAAAA